AUGUUAUUAAGUGGUGACGGAAUAACUGUGUUAUUAGGAUUGAAUUGGCCAAGCGCAUUAUUAGAGGAGUUGGAUUCUAGAGUUGACGACUUUCUUAAAGGCGUGACUAUUGAACUAAUCGGAUUUCUUGAACUUAAAAUUGGUGAGAGUCAUGUUGGAAGCACAACGCUUGGCUCUAAAAAUUUCAAUUAUAAUAUUUCAAAUGAUAAUUAUGAUGAUGUAUUAGACGAAGACAAUGUGUUGAGCAAAGAUAAUUUGUUAAGCGAAGAUGAUGUUCUGAGCGAAGACAAUUUGUUGAGAGAAGACAGUGUUCUGAGCGAAGAUAAUUUGUUGAGUGAUGACGAUUUGUUAAGUGAUGACGAUUUGUUGAGUGAUGACGAUUUGUUGAGUGAAGAAGAUUUGUUGAGUGAAGAAGAUUUGUUGAGUGAAGAAGAUUUUGACAGAAAAAUUGUUGAUGAACCUUUAAGUAGUGAAGAAAUGCCAUCUAUUACCAGAGAAUUUGCACCAUAA